AUGUGGUCAAACGGUGGAGGAUCACGAGAGGUCAACGGACCGUCUCCUGAACACAUUAUGCAUUCUGUACCGCCCAUUGUGGCGUCUGAAAUGCAACAAUUGAUUGAUGAAAUGCGCCUCCAAGACUUUGAUUCCAUCCGAUUUGCCACGUAUCGAGCCGCCUGUAAACUGCGGUUUAUACAACAAAAGACAAAAGUUCAUCUAGUCGAUAUAUGGAAUAUGAUUGAAGCAUUUCGAGAGAAUGGACUCAAUGCUCUACCUCUUCAUACUGUGAUCAAAACCUCACGUGCAGAACUCCUCCUCACCACUGUCUUUCAUAAUUUAAAUAAAAGAUUAGUGGCAUCUCAACACGUGGAUACAGACGUUUCAAUUUCACUAUUACUCGCAUUUUUAUUGGGUGCUUAUGAUAAACAAAAUACUGGACGAUUAACGGUUUUCUCGAUAAAAGUUGCUCUCGCUACAUUAUGUGCCGGAAAGUUGGUUGAUAAGUUGAGAUAUAUAUUCUCUCAAAUCGCCGACUCGAAUGGACUAAUGGAUCAUAUCAAAUUUACUGAUUUCCUUCAACAAGUACUUUCUCUAACCACCGCAGUGUUUGAGGCUCCAACUUUUGGAUUUUCUGAAAUUGCAGUUUCUCAAUGUUUUCAUAAAGAUGAGAAGGUGUCACUCAAUGUUUUCUUGGAUACUUUUCUCAGUGAUCCCUGUCCUCCGUGUAUAAUGUGGUUACCACUACUUCAUCGAAUGGCUGCAGUCAGUAAUGUCUAUCAUCCAGUUGUUUGUGAUGCGUGUCAAGUUCGAAGUUUCACUGGAUUUCGAUAUAAAUGUCAGAGAUGUGCCAACUAUCAAUUGUGUCAAAGCUGUUUUUGGAGAGGAAGAACGAGUCAGAAUCACUCGAAUGAACACGAAAUGAAAGAAUAUUCUAGUUAUAAAUCUCCUGCUAAACAACUUGUUCACUCAAUCCAUAAAAGUCUUCAAUGCAUCCCUGCCACGUCAUCAGGGGAUGCCAACAUUGAUAUUCUGAAUACAACCGGUGUUCCCAUUGGAAAGCCAACACGCCCAUUAAACUUGAAUAAUAUCGUCCCCGCCACUCCAACUACAAUCAGAAGGCAACAUGCUGCCACGUCAUCGGCAGAUUGGCCGACGUCUCCAGUCUUGCUACCUGGGCAGGCAUCUCACGGAGGAGUUAUUGAUGAUGAGCAUAAAUUGAUUGCUAGAUAUGCAGCAAAACUCUCUGGAAGAGCUGAUUAUCCUCUAUCAAAUGGUCGAAGUAUGAAUAGCUCAAUGAUUGAAGAUGAACGAACAUUAAUAGCACAAUUGGAAGAAGAGAAUUCAAUGAUGGUACGAGAAAUGGCACGACUGGAGAGUCAGACGACGUCAGAUGAUGGAUUAGCUGGAUUAAGAGACAGAAAAAUGGAAUUAGAGGAGAAAAUGUUCGAAAUGCAACAGAGAAGAAGAGAGUUGAUGAUGCAGCUGGAACAUUUGAUGGCACAGUUGAAUACGGGUCCUCAACCAUCUGGAGGUGUGUCUUCUGCCUCUUUAUCUCAAUUACCAUUUGCAUCGGAUCAACAAUUAACAGGAGUGAAUUCAAACGUUGCGAAUGCAUUCCGUGCUGGAAGUCUUCCAGCGACAAGUUUACAAGGAGAUCUACUUCAUGCUGCAGAUCAAAUCACAACAAAUAUGAGUGAUCUGGUUAGGCAACUUGAUUUGGCUCAAGCCGACGACAACGGAGUCACAAUCAAUGGAUUUUAG